AUGGUGAAGCCUUCCAAAGAAGAUCGUCAGAGCUCAUCGCGCCAUCGAUUUUCGGAUUCGGAUUCGGAUGAUGGUUCGUGCUCUUCGGACCUGUUGAGCUCAUUCCUUACCGUCAAUCAUUCGCUAUCGAAGCGCUACAAGCAGUUGGAAAAGGAGAAACGCGAGCUCAAGAAAAAGGUGAAAAAGCUUGAGAAGGAGCUCAAGGAGGAGAGACGAAAACAUCGGCGAGAUAAUGAGGAUUCUGGAGACGAUGACGCUCCACCAACUCAACGGCGUCGACUGAGUCCACCACGUGGACCGACUGCUCAACCACCGGCUGCCGGUCGCGCUCUUCUCGGCAAUCCCAACCAGCUGGCUAGACAACCGAACCAGCCGGCUGUCGUGAGAAAUCCCGAACAACCUCACGUUGGAAAUUCGGUGAGAUCGUCGAAUCCAAUGAUUGCCGUCAAUCAGGCUACACCGAAUCAAGAAAGGGGUCAGCCUUCGAACUCCCAACAGAAUGUUGCUGCGAAUUUCGGUCAGGCUCCUAAUUACUAUCGCAAUGCAGUUCCAAACGGACAGCUUAAUGAAGCUGCUAAUAAAUGUGAAGCACCAAGAGGGUCAACAUAUAAAGUGGGACCUCAAAACGGACCAUCGCAACAUGCACACAACAGGGCAAUGAACCAGCAGGCACCUCCUGGGGGCAAUCAAGCUAGAGCGAAUACUGCUAGUAAUCCGAACCAAGGGAACAACAACCAUCGGAACGAAAAUCCACCCGGACAAUACUAUCAAGCCGGACAAAUUGGUCCCUCGUAUCCAUGCGCGCAACAGAAGCAGAAUGACCAGUUUUUUCAACCCGGACAGCAAAAUGGAGGACAGUUUCGAGGAAUUCCGCAGAAUGGAAACAUCUACCAACCAUACCAAAUGGGACCACAAAAUACCUUUAGCAACCGAUACUCAAACCGCGGAUCAUCGCCGCCAUUGCAGAACGCGUACCAGGUGCGACAGGCUGGACAGUACUAUCAAGGAGAACCCUAUAAUGCAGUAUCAUACCAAAUGGCACAGCAGACUCAGGGACCAUCAUACUCAUCAUAUCAGGUCCGCAAUGCACUGUCAUAUCAAUCUGCACAUCAAGUGGCACCAACAUAUCAGGGGCAACAAAACGGACAUGCAUAUCAAGCAGAAACACAUCAGAACAACCCGACAUAUCAAAUAGGAUAUGCUGCAGUUGCUCAGGCUCAAGGAACAGCUGGUUGCGCUGAUCAAGCGGACGCUUACAUGCAAACCCCUACUAAUAGUACCAUCACCCAUCGCUACGUCAUCUCGCAGGGAGGAGUCUAUUGCUGCAAUGAUCCCGAACGCUGUCCAAAUAGUGGACCGUGUAAUGGCUGGCUUCCAUGGAAUCAUAACUCGUCACCACCGAGCCAUUGGGAUAGUAGCCAGAUCAUUGUGACGCAGCCCGUGCCACAAGCGGCUUCGUCGUCUGCUUUCGGAUCGGUGAGUGUUACUGGUCGAGCCGCUCCGCGUGCAGUCAAUGCUAGUCUGAAGACUCCGCAGCCGUCGCUUCCAUCGUUGUCGCGUGGACGUGCUGAAUCGGCGAUCGUAAUGGCCUCUGGAAGCCCGCUUCCCGUCGGACGUUCUGUCGGAUCGCCGACGAUCGCAACAUUGGGCCCUGCUCAUGGGUCCCCAUCAUCUCCCGCCAAUCAUGAAAGUCCCGCGAUUCAAGUUUCCCCGGAUCGCGAUGAAUCUCGAUCAGACGCGACGCCCGCUGAGCAAGCCCUUCCCCCAGCUGAAGAAGAAGAUGAAGAAGCUUCAGCGGAUGCUGUCAGAAGAAGCUUUCAGUUGGCACCGGCUACAGAAGAAUGUCAAGAAGCUCAGAAAGAAACUUCAGCACACGAAGAAGGAACUUCGAUUAUUAAGAUGACACCGCGAGCUCUAGAAGCUACUUCAGUGAGUCAGGGAAUGACGAGAUCUACGUUUAAGCUAGCAGUAGAAACCACAGACGAAGCUUCAGCUCCUGAAGCUUCCGAAGAUCAACAUCCGACUUCUUCAGGCCCCCAGAAAGAGAAGUCUUCGACAACUCGUGCUCUCGAAAAAGGUCCAGCUCCCAGCAAUUCUUCAAGAUCGCCGCUCCAAAAUAAGUCUCGCGAGAGUCAGAAGUCUUCCGAACGUGUUCGGCCCCCAUCAUCACCACCAACUCGCCCGUCCAAUCCGGCAAUUCCUCAGAAAGAAGAAAACGUGAAGCACCCUUCAUUAAGGCUCUCUAAUUCUGGAGGCGAGCGUCGUCAAGGUCACGCUCGCCAAAGCGAUACUCAGGAUCGCACGGUCAAAGUUGUCGUUUCGGCUUCUGGCCAAUCUCGCCAGCGUGUCCGAUCAGCAUCCGGCGAGACAAACGAAGAUACUGAAGACUCGGAUACAAGAGGUCCGCUCUUGUUGCGCCAUGUCGGUGCUUCUGCUGGAGUCGACGCGGCGAUGGCAAGACACGGCGAGGAGCACAGAAGACAUUUGGAGAGAAGAGAGAACAGAGAUUCAAAGAUGAAUACCGAGACGCACACGGUGACCAAAUCGAUCGAAGUAACCAAGAAGCUUCUUCGUUAUAAAUAA